CGCCGGGUACCAUUCCGGUGGGAAUUUCUCUGCGGUGCCGGUAAAUAGCGCCACCAGUCGUCGAGUGAGGGAUAUUAUCAGCCAGAAACUGCCAAUUUUUGACAAACAGGGACAACCAAUCACGACCAUGGAUUACGAGUUUAAGACACGCACGGCCAGCAUGCGGGAGAAAGUUGAGGACCUCUUUGACUACGAGGGGUGCAAGGUGGGGCGAGGAACGUACGGACACGUCUACAAAGCCACAACGAAGAAGGGUAAUCCCAAGAAAGAAUACGCCCUGAAGCAAAUCGAGGGGACGGGCAUCUCGAUGUCUGCGUGCCGGGAAGUGGCUUUACUAAGAGAAUUGAAACACCCCAAUGUGAUCAGUCUACGCAAAGUGUUCCUGUCGCAUGCGGACAGAAAAGUCUGGCUCCUGUUUGAAUUCUCAGAGCACGACCUAUGGCACAUCAUAAAACAUCACCGGGCAAACAAAGCGAGCAAGAAAGGUCCGACGUCUGUACCGCCCUCUAUGGUCAAGUCGUUGCUAUUUCAGAUUCUGGACGGUAUCCACUAUCUACAUUCCAACUGGGUGCUUCACAGAGACUUGAAGCCAGCAAAUAUUUUAGUCCAUGGUGAGUGUUCCGAGAGAGGACGGGUUAAAAUUGCUGAUAUGGGUUUUGCCCGGCUGUUCAACUCCCCCCUCAAGCCCCUGGCUGACCUUGACCCCGUGGUGGUGACCUUCUGGUACAGAGCACCGGAGCUGCUCCUAGGAGCAAGACACUACACCAAAGCGAUAGAUAUAUGGGCCAUCGGCUGCAUCUUUGCCGAGCUGUUGACCUCUGAACCCAUCUUCCACUGCCGGCAAGAAGACAUCAAGACCAGUAACCCAUACCACCAUGACCAGCUGGAUAGAAUCUUCAAUGUCAUGGGAUUCCCACAAGAGAAAGAUUGGGAAGACAUCAAGAAGAUGCCCGAGUACCCGACUCUACUCAAAGACUUCAGGAGAUCAAGUUACACAAAUUGCUGCCUUGUCAAGUACAUUGAGAAACACAAAAUCAAACCCGACAGCCGAGCGUUCCAGUUGUUAUCCAAACUAUUGACGAUGGAUCCCACGAAGCGCAUGACAGCUAAGCAAUCAAUGGAAGAUCCCUACUUCAUGGAAGAGCCUUUACCCAACGGAGAUGUGUUUGAUGGCAAACCCAUCCCGUACCCGAAACGGGAAUUUUUGACGGACGAGGAAAAUGAGGACAAAUCGGACACAAGCAAGACCGGAGCGUCUAAUCACUUGCAGAACCACCAUCGUAUGCGCCUGGCACAGCAAGGCCGCAGUACGGGUGGUUCGUCAAGCCACGCCCAGGGGGCCAAACGAAUGCGGGUUGCGGCCUCGGCAUCCAGCCAUGGCGGGGCACCGGGCGGCGGAAUGAUGCAGAACGACUACCAGGCACAACAGGUAAAGAAGCACAUGAUGCCGGGCUACCAGCAGAGCGGCACCACCCAAAAUAGCGGCACGGCCACGUCCAAACAGCAGCAGGGCAUGAUGUACACGUCCAACACAGUACAGAGCAACAGCGGGUCCUACAGCCAACAGCACCAGCAACACCAGCAUAGAUACUGAGAUAGACAAACCGCUGCAGUUGUGUGGAGAGAUGGACUGUUGCCAACACUAAGCAGCAACGAUACUUUGAAAACUCAAAAAUCUUGGGCUGGAAUUAUAGCCUCUUAAUUCACAAUGAAGUCAAUAAAUAAUUUAGACUUCAAAUGAAGUUGAUUUUUUGGUCCACUUGAGGUUUUCCCUGUCCAGCUGCCAUAUUUGUCCGUUUCUUGGAAUAAACAACACAUACAUGUGAUGUAUUUCCAACAGUGACUCUGUUCCACGAGCAGGGUCUGUCGUGGCUGACCCGGGUGAGCCCCGAGAAUGACGUAGGAACUAAUCAAACGGCACGGGGCUAGCCCAAGUUGAUCCAGGUGAGCUACUGGAACGCACCCAAAAUACUCUACGAGACUGAAGCGGUCAUGCCAGCUGGUCUGGUGGUUGAACAACAGCACUGUCAACUAUGUAGUUGAGCAAACAUGCUGACAAACUGGUGUUAGCAGAAACUUGUUAGCGUUGGAACAUGCAGCAAGAGAUAUGAGAUAGACAGCAACAAUGCAACAACAGCAACACUAGCAGCAGCAGCAGCAAAAAUAAGUGUGAAAUACUUCAAUAAGAGUCGGCAAGUUGUACUUGCAACAGCAAGAACAGU